CUAAGCAACCAGUUGAGUGGCAGGCUCGUCCUGAGCUAAAGUGAUCGGGAGGUCUGGAUUGGCUGGGGGGCGUGCCUGGGGAUGCUGCGCUGCAGCUCGGGGCCGCUGCAAGGCUAUUGCUGUACAGACGGGCGCGGAGUGAGAGUUUGUUUACAUCCAGGAGGGCAGCGUCUGCUCUGCGGGAAAGACUACUACGGAGCCCUUUAACUGCAAGACGGGGCCUGUGAAGGCGAUUGCUCAGCCAGGACCAUUAGAAUGGCCCGGAGUCGCUGGGAGGCCAGGACUUCAGAAAUAACACAACAGAAGUAGACCACGAUUAUGGCGAUUGAGUUUGACGGAGGGGUCGUUCUGGGGUCAGAUUCCCGUGUUUCUGCAGGUGAAUCCAUAGUGAACCGCGUGAUGAACAAGCUGUCCCCUCUUCAUGACAAGAUCUACUGCGCUCUCUCGGGCUCUGCUGCAGACGCCCAGGCCAUGGCUGACAUGGUCAGCUAUCAGCUGCAGCUGCACAGUAUAGAAAUGGGCGAGGCUCCGCGGGUGUGCUCUGCUGCCACGAUGGUCAGAAACAUCUCUUACAAGCACAAGGAGGAGCUAUCUGCUCACCUCAUUGUGGCAGGAUGGGACCGCAGGAAAGGAGGCCAGGUGUUUGUCACUCUUGAUGGGAUGAUUGCCAGGCAGCCGUUUGCUGUUGGAGGCUCUGGCAGUUCAUACAUCUACGGUUACGUGGAUUCGGCGUACAGACCAGGAAUGACGAAGGAGGAGUGCCUGCAUUUCGUUACAAACACCCUGACACUGGCUAUGGGGAGAGAUGGAUCCAGUGGAGGAGUGGCUUAUCUCGUAACCAUCACUGAAAAAGGAAGUGAAGAGAAAGUGAUCCUGGGGAACGAGCUGCCUGCUUUUCAUGAUGAGUGAAAGGAGGGUUUGAUCUGAACUGCAAACUGAUGCUGUGCUGUCCAGUGUGUGCCGUGUCCUGCUGAGUCACAAACACUCAGAAUGUACCAGACCCCCGUUCAGUACGCUGUGCAGCAUCCCAUCCCAUGUGUGCCGUGAUCUCAUCGCUCUUAACCCCCUCACUGCAAGCUUCUCACAGCAAUCCAGAGUGCAGCUGGAUUGUACUGUGAGCAGUUAAAAAGCACCCUGCUCCCACAGCAUUCAAUCACACUUUCUACUAGUCUGAGGUCACUUUGUUUUUAUAAUCAAGAUGUCUUCAUAGUACAUAGUCACAGAGUUUGAGUUUGUUAUUUGAACCCCCUCAAAAAAGCAGGUGAGGUAAUCAGCAAUGACAUCAGCAAUGUGGCAAUGUAUUUGUUAAUCUGUGACUGUCUUACUUUCGUUUAUCUGUUGUCUAUUAAAUCAUGUUGAUUUCAAUGUCAGCCUACAAUCGCUUUUUGUUUUGUUUUUCGAUUUUGACCCUUGUCCUGGUUUAUUUGUUGCUGUUUUAAUUAAUUAAACAUGUGCAACAGUGCUUUAAACUGCA